AAAAAGGAACAAAAUUCUCAGUUUGCACCGAAAGGUUUUCUCAAGCGGACGCGAGAAACGGGGCGGUUUCGUUGUUUGAGGAUUUUGUACACUCCGUGUGUCUCUGUGUUUUGUUGUUUCUGUUGUUUUUGCGUUGUUUGUUUCAUCGAAGUGACGACUAUUGAAAAAGUUGACGCGAGUCCGAGUUGGUGCGUUGGAGACGCCUGGGCUCAGGCGCGCACGCGGGGAUCUUUGGGUGCGGCGGCAUUGCGGAAAGGGGUGGCGAAACUAAAGAAUCACAGUGUUGUUAUUUUGUGAUACAUUCAGAGCCCAAAAAAAAAAUCCUCCGGUUAGAGCCUCGGAAAUCUCGGUGACUGCAGCGAAGAUCUACCCGCAAUCGAUUCACAACUUGAGAGCGUUGGAAAAUUUCCCUUAUGUUUCCUCAGGUCGCAGACUCGUGAAUUAAUAAAUUAUCGAGACCUGUCUUGGUGGCGGCGGCGGCAGCGGCAACAGCAGCAGCGGAUUCGUGGCCCGGGCCCCGUCUGGGCUGUGUAGUGAACGCAGCGAAAGGGGGAAAAAGAUAAAGUGAUCUGGAAGAGAAUCAAACCAAAGGUCGGUUCGAAAGAGAGUAGCGAAGGCGCGGGAUGCGAGGGAGCGCAGAAGGAGCAUGAAAAAUGAUGCAAUUAUAUAAUUAAGAAGUUUGAAAUAUUUUUGUCUGUGUGUGAUGUGAGAGCAGCAGCAAAGAGAGUGUGUAGUUCCUUUGAGGUAUUAUUAUUUUUCACGGUCUCAGGUUUCGCGAGUUUUACCUACAUCGAAGAUCGCGCGAAUUGCGGAGGAGCAACAGAAGAAUAAAAUCGUUGGCGCUCGAAGAUCGAUAUCGCACAGAGCAUCGGUCUGAACCCGUUGGAGAGGUGGUGGGUGCACAUCGUCGUCGUCUUCGUCGUCCACGUGGGUUAAUAUGGCGCCAAUGGAAUUCAGGUUGUCGGUCGAUAUGAUGGUUUGUUUACUGACAGCGAUCGCAUUGAUCACGCUAGGCCAGGCGGCUAUACCGCCGGAUAGUGGAAGAAAUGCAGUUCUGACAGACGCGAACAAAACGGUUGAUAGAGAACAACCGGUGCCGUCGGUAGCGAAUGCCAGCAACGCGGAGGUUGCGCCCUGCCAUGGCGGCGGAUGCUUGGAAAAGCAUAAUUCAAAGGAAUCACUCUGCUCUCAGCAAAGAGACUGCUCAAAGUGCCAUGGAAAUUGUACGCAAAAAGCUCCCUGCGAUCGCGGCUGCUCCCACCGCCUCACCCUCGUUCUGCUCCAGAUGACGCGAAACGAGUCGCUCGUGACAGCGGAUGUCGCCUGGGUCUGUGUGGCCAACCAAACUGUGUCGUCGGGUAGUGCUGCUAAGGCGCCACAUCAGCAACAACAGCGGCAAUGUCUUGUCACCUGGGAGGUAUCGGGCGGUGGACUGAUGGGCAAUUUGCUAACCGAAUCUUCCAACGCGCAACUAUCGCUCUGGCCCGAAACCAACUACAGGGUUCAAGUGACCUGUCGGAACAAGCAUACCGACGCUUUGGUCCGCUCGGAUCCAAUCGUUUUGAACACAACGGGUGCCACCGUCGUAAGCAUGAGACAUGCGGUCGCAACAGCGAGGGUAACAACAACAACAUCGCCACCGGCAGGGAAGAAGCCUCCAGGGUUCCACCAGGAGUGGGCCGAGGGUGACGAUGACGAAGCACUGGUCCAGAUGGAGCAGCUGGACUCCGCCACCAAUCGAUUGCACUCCUCCGCCUCGUGGUUCCACUCCCAGCUGACAGUCUGGCCGAUCUCACGGGAAAGCCAACACGAAAUCAUCGCUCUGGGGGUAUUCGUCGCCCUGCUGACGUUCCUGAUUAUACUGCUGACUGUUGUGAUUUUCAUCAAGCGGAAAGCCCUCGAAGCGUCCGAGAAGGAACUGCUGGUCGCUAACGAGGACGGAAUGGUGGGAAUUUUGCAUGUCUAAAACAACGAACACUAUACAUAUAUAUAUAUAUAUUCGUAACUAUAACAGUCAAUAGCAUCUAAGCGUUAGUCUUAUAGAUAGAGUAGGUUAGGUUCGAUGGCUUGAUGCUGAUUGUUGUUCCUAAAUAUGCUCAAAACUCUGUGUUUACGAUUUUAAGCAAUAUCAAUUCAGUUCGGAACAUUUGUCGGGUGAAUGUGAUUGGUCUUCGACGGUGGGGAACAUUGCCGUAGACGACCGUUGUUUGGUUUGAACUAGCGACAACAUUUGUCUUCUUGGGCACUAUUAGAACUCAUGCUACAGAAUACUAACGGUUCAAAUUAGAUGUUUUGUCGGCGUAACUGUCCACUCUUACUCACAUUUUAUAGCGCGUGAGUGGAUCGAAAAAAUAUCUUUUACAAAAUCAGUCGUUUUUUACACGACUAGCUGACCCGGUAAACUUCGUCCCGCCCAAAAUUUGUUUUUGUUAUCAAUACCUUCAAACAUUCACGUUUUUACUAAGCGCAAGUUCAUGGGUCAAAUCGCAGAACUGUUCAUUGAUGGAUCUUCUAAUCGACCCUGUUGAUUUUACCGUUUACUAUAAAAUUCCUAGUAAUUCUACCAAAACUCAGCAUUAUAAUAUCAGAUUAUUUUCUGACACAAUUCUCGUUCAAGAUUCUUAACCACUUAACAACCCCUUGUUAUGUUAAGUGUUAAUGUUUCUCCGUUACAUGGAAUAAAUGUUUGAUACUGAAAAUAUGAUAGAAUGAAGACAGCCCUAAAUCGGACAAUUCCUUCCUCGAGUUUUACUCUGAUCAACAUAUUCGGCAAUCCAUUUUUAUUGGUAUAGAUAGAAGAAGAUAAAGAUAUUUCGUUAGCGCAAACAUCAAAUGGACUAACAACGCUUGUCACUAUGUAAUUGUAGAACAUAUGGGAAUUAAAUUUUUCGAAUUUUCCCUUUUUCCUUCAUACUUUUCCGAAAAUUUUCAAUUGUCAUGUUUGAUUGGAAUAUGUUUGGUUGAAAUAUGUGUAACAUUUUUAUGGGACCUCCUCUCCACUCCAGAGGAGGGAGGGGUUGCAUACCAUCAUAGAAACAUUUCUCAUACUAAACAACCCUCACAUCCCAAAUUGUGCAUAAAAUAUUUAUUUUUUUUUAAAAUAACCAUAUAAAUUUCAGCUGAUAUCGUUCGUCGACCUGUCAUUCGCUAAACACCCAGGUUUUUUUACGCGGUUACGCAAAUUCGAUCAGUUAGCGGCAACGUUGAUGCUAUACCCGUACCAAUCCAGGAUACCAAAAAAGAUCUGGCAGAGAUUGUCCGAAAGCUGGACCGCAGCCAGAACGGAAUAAGGUUAGAUGUCCCGAAAUGUUCCUGUUUCUCAAGGAUGUUUUUACCCACGGCUUGUCCAGCAGAAAAUAUCGUUCCCUAUUAAGCGUCGUGCACAAAUUGCGUAACGCUAAAAGUUAGGUUUUUCGACCCCCUCCCUCCUGCUUAUGUAACAAAAAGUAACGCAAGACGAACCCCCUUCCCCUUAAGUUACGUAACGCUAAUCUGUACACAAAUUCAAAAUCGUUUGAAAUUUUUUUAGCUUUUUUAAGUAAUGAGAAUAUCAACUUAAAAAAAUCAGAUAUCUGCACAAAUCAGAAUCAAAUGUUCAGACGGAAGUUCUUUAUAUGCAAGUACCGUUUUGUCUCAUAUUCCGAACACUUCAUCUUUUCAUGUAAAUUUACUGAAUUUACUGAACAACAAUAAUUGUAUAAUGAAAACCCUGACAAUCUUUGAGAUAUAGGCUUCAUUUUAACAUCAUUUACAAGUAUCGAUACAGCCUUUAAUUUAUAUUAAUAAGCAUUCGCAAAAAAGUGACAGUCAAAACCAAUGAUAAAAAUUUUGCGUUAGGAAAUUCUGUAAAAAACAAAAAUUGUUAAUUUUUCAGUUUUUUUUUUAGUUUUUCCAACUAUUUUGUUUGCUCUUUCCAUGUUAAGUGCUAGAAGAGGUAUGAAUCUACACACUUUUUUCAGGCAAAUACAGCAAUAGUUCACAAAAUGGGGUACAAGGACCAUCCAAUUCUGGAGAAACAGUAUGAAAAGACCAUUUGUGAACAAAUGUCUUCAGUGCAAUAAACUACCGAACCAAAACAUUUCAACUUAAGAAAAUCAUAACUCAAAAACGGAAAAACAAUCAGAUUUUCGAUUCCAAUUUUCUUGUAGUCAAAUGACCAAGAAGGCUCUAUUGUAUCCGUCAAGUUCAUAGAAUUUCGAACAAACCGAAAAUUAAUGCUCUGUUGGGAUUGGUGCUUUCAAACCAUCUGGUAUUUAGUUGAGAAGCACAUGGACUGGUAUAAAUUGAUGUUGAAUUACACAAAUGUAACUACUCCUUCGUUCAAUGCAGCAAUUCCUGUCGUUAUAUUUCACUAGCUGCAAAAGGUCCUUCCGUGACGAGCAAACCACUCGGCUUAAUAUCAUACUGAUUCCGCUUCGUCGAUUUGGGAGUUUGCGGACUUAAUAUACUCUGGUUUGACGGGAUAUCCAUCGAUCGCUAGGUUAUUCCACAAAUCAGCUAACGAUUCCCCUGCAUACUAAAAAUGUUUUGUUUCCAAUUCUGGGUCCCUUGUUUUGAGUUUUUCAUCCAAGUGAGAUCCCUUAUGAUCACGAAGAAGUAUUUAACCUACCGGGAAAGAGGAACAAUCCGACUUUCAACUCAGUUGAAUGCACUGCGUGCUGGAGAAUUUGUAGCAACUAAUAUUGCAUCAAGAUUCAGUUGAUUAAAAUGAUAGAUCGCAAAUAUCUAUGACCUUUUCAAAACGAGGGUUCUCGUCUGGUCCUCCAUCCACAUUAAUUAUGGCUACUGGCUUGAUUAUUUUCUGGUACCGAAUUAUCUCAAAUUUAGGCAGCUUGCACACACUUUGAAAAUCGAGCCCAUAAGAAAAUGCGGGCGUGGAAUAGUGUCUUUCUGAACAAACUGCAACGUAUAUUGGAACACUGCAUAAAACUACUUCAGCACGAUCGAGGCGCCCUAGCUUUAUUUUGCAUCCUGCGAUAACAGACGGAAUAAGCUUAUGUUUUCCAGCCAGGCAAAAUCAUGAUUCGAUAGAUUAAGGCGAUAUUCGAGAUGCAUUAAGGCAGUAUUCUAAAGUAGAAAUUUCGAAAAAAAAUUAAAAAAAAAAUUUCCUUCAUUUUUCUGAUGUUUAGGCAUUCAAGAAUAUACCCUAGAAAUAACGUUUUCGAAAAUCCUAUUAUUUACCGAGUUAUAGCCAUUUUAGUGAUGUGGUUUCUCACCUGUUACGGCCAUAACAAUUAACUUCUAACGCGUUUUUCUCGAAACAAGUUUUUUCAAACUGGCGUACACGAUAUCUCAAGUUCUACUGAGCCGAUUUGUGCCGUAUUUAUAUGAACACAAUUUGUGCGUGUCUCACUAUCGGAUGAACCAAUAAAAAAACAAUAUUUUUUUUUGACGUAGGACUACGUCUAACCGGAAGAUAUAGGGGGUGAAAUGGAAAUCUAGGCACUGAACAAGUAGGAAAAAAUACAAGAUUUGGAACGCCUCUAACUCGAGCAUUUCUCAAUAGAUCGCAAAGGUUUUUGCAUCAAUUGAUAGGAAAUAUAUCUACGCAUCUAUCAUAACGAAUAACAUUUCAUUUUUCUUGAGAUAAAUAAUUGAAUAAUUGUGAAAUAUCAAGCAUUGUCCAAAUGCACUAUGUGCCCAUUUUUGAUUGGUCCAUUUAGUGCUUCUCAAAUCGUACUGACCAAAACGGGCAACCAGAGCAGCAGCGAAAUACAAUGAAGCACGAUUGGAAAGGAAAAAGAAAAAAUAUGAACGAAACAUUGGUCGCAGUCUCACACGUGCGAAAUUCUCGAGCCAGCCAGUCAGCUUAAAAAUCCCCCCUCCGCUGCCGUAACGAUCAUUCUUUGUGUGGACACCGACUGGACAACAUCGUUGCUGGACGGGCUGGACGGCGAGGGAUCGAGUGCCUUUCUCAAGGCAAGAGGGCGGAGGUGGUAGCGCUGGAGUAAAGUAGAGUAGAGUUUUCAAAGGGCCUUUCUCAAGGCUAGAGACGAAUGAACUGCAAAAGUUUAAAGUCUCUAUAAUACAAUACCUUCCUUCCUUCCGUAACGAUCAUUCUCAUCCAAACCGUACACCACAUCGUUUCGCAUCACAUCACAUCAACAAACCAACACAAGCAACCAUGUCUGGACAUGGCAAAGGAGGAAAAGUGAAGGGAAAGGCAAAAUCCCGCUCGAACCGUGUUGAUAUGGAGUUCCCCGCAAGGGUAGCUAGGCCGAGCGCGUUAGUACCAGUGCACCAGUCCACCUAGCCGGCGUUAUAUAGUUUCGGCCGCCGAAGUGAUUGAGUUAGCUGGCAAAGCUGCUCGCGACGAUAAGAAAACCCGCAUUCGGAACAGAACACAUUCGGUUCGGUGGACAUCAAGACAACAGGCAGUUGCAGCGAGUGGCGAGUGGCAAACGCAAUCGCAAAACGGCAGCUGGUAGCAGAAGAAAAAAGUUUGUUCUUUAUACAAUCUGCUUUGGUGGCAAAUCCAGAACAAGGCGGCAUCGAGGGCGUUCGAAUUGUUUUUUUUCAAAACAACGAGUACAAAGUUUUCUAAAUUGGAACAAUUCCAUAAAACACGGCGCUUUUCAGGGCCAUUAAACCUUCCAAAAAAGAGUUUACGAAAUACAGCUCAAUGCUUUCUAAAACAAUAUCCCAAAUAAUAAUAAAACACAAAUUGAUUUUUUCAUAAUUUGCCAGGAUAUGAUGAGUAUGUGAAUUUGGCAGUUGUUCUGAGCUUAUUGAUGGUUGGGGACUACCCCGAUUAUUCAAUAUUCACCAAUUCUUAAAUUGCUUCUAGAUUGAAAGUACAGUAAUUUACAAUUAGCUCGACAUUUAGCUAAUUAGACGGAUCAGUAUGCGACAUAUUUAGUUGGACAUUUUUGUAAACAUAGAGUUCGGAGUCCAAAUUAUGACCCCACAUUGAAAGUCGACACUGUACCACUGUCAUCGCAAAUAUUCAAUUACUGGUUAAAAUUACCUCCAAUCCGACACUGAGUGGGGGUAAUGCGACGUGCCAUUGAAUGUAAUUUACUGUACAAUAUGUCACAAGCUGGAUGGGAAGAAAUUUUCCAACUGUGAAAGCUGUGGCGAGUGGCAAACGCAAUCGCUAAACAGAAAGGUUUAGCCGAACAAGAUGGGGAUAUCGAGUGAUAACAAAACAAUAAACUCUUUAGAUUGGAGUGCUCGAGUUGGCUUGCAAAGCUGCUCACGACAAUCAGAAAACACGCAUCAAGAACAGAGCAGCUUCGGUUCGGCGCUCAUCAAGGCAACAACUAGUUUCAGCGAGUGGCAAACGCAAUCGCAAAACGGCAGCAGGUAGAAGAAAGAAAAAGUUUGUUUAUACAGACUGCUUUGGUGGCAAAACCAGCCACCGAAAAACACGGCGCUUUUCAGGGCCAUUAAACCUUUCAAAGAAGAGUUAUUAAAAGUUUUUCACAAUACCAAUGCAUUCUAAAGUGACAUAAUAUGAUAUAUAAUAUAAACUGAUUUUUUUUUGUUUAUGCUUGUUCUUGAACUUAUUGGUGGUUGGGGUCGUUUAAAUUGAUCAUUCAGUUUUCACAAACCCAAGUAUGGUUUCCGAAUUAAAAGUGGCUUCAAAUUUCAAAUUGUAUGCAGGAUGGCAUUAACGAAUUUUCUCGGUAGCAAGAACUGCUUUCUUUGGUUGAUAACUGAUGUUGAAAAUUGACUGACGUUACAUCUGCAUUGCAUAGAGAAAUAACUAAGGAGCAAUACGAUGAGCUAUGUAUUUCCUGCUGCUCUGUUCUUAUUUUAAAGGACUUUAAUCCGAAGGUCAUCCGUCCCAGUAUUUACUGUUGGUUUUUCAGAACGCUUAUAGCUCGUUUAUUUCUCGACAGAUCAUAGAGUUCGUCUCCAAAACCUCAGUUCUUUUUCAUUUUUAUUUACUUUGUUUGCGGAGACUACAAAUCUUACAAUUCAUUCGUCUCCGAAACCACAGCUUAAGGUACGGAAAUGUGCUCAAUAGUGAAAUAUAUGAUAGUGAACGAGCUGAUGGCCACCUAUGCAUUCCCUAUCACAGCCAUCAUUUUGAUUGUACGAUAUGUGUAUACGCCGAAAGAUGCCCGACGUUGAUCAUUUAAUAAGUACAAAGCCUUCAGAAAAAAUCAAGAAUCAAGUUUGUAAAAAAAAACGCAAAAACACAACACCAAAGGUUCUUUUCAGAACCCCCAACAUGUUCAUAAACAGUAAACAGUAAACUAAUCCAUUUUUCAGGUAGAUAGGUAGGUAUUCACGUAGGAGAAGAAAAUAAAACAAUAUAUUUAAUAUAUAUAUUUAGCAAAAACUGUCCCCUUUGUAUAGUCCUACGUCACUCCGGUUAUGUCACCGACAUUACCCACCCGUCCUUUAAUCUCAUCAUUUUUAAAAAAUCGGGAAAAAGGAGAAGAAACGUUAAAAACGGCAUUUUUUUCAAAUGGCCGCCAUUUUGUCAAAAGACAUGUUUUGACUUGUCCGAGGUUCAUGCGAUAGCGGUAUCUUUACUGAUUCAGAAUCUAUUCGAUUCUUUUGUUUCAGAUAACCAGAAGGAUUGGAAUCGUGUACGCUAUGACCCCCCUCACUUUUUACUAUUCUAAUUAUGAAUAUUUUUUCCGUUCAAUUUUUGUUUUAUUGUUAAAAUAUAGAUAAACAAAUAAUGAUAUAAUGAAUAGUAAACCCAUUCUUUGUUUUAUUAUUUUCGGAGCUCGAAAGAACGUCCGAAUUUCAUGCCUCUACGCUUGAAUACCUCCUUAAGCUUACUGCCCAUUACAACACGUGCCUUAUCAUCUCAGAAUCGAAGUUAGGGGCGCGUGAAUUUAUGCAGGAAUAAAAAUGGAAUUUUGUUACGUAACGAUCACGGCCACCACCCUCACCCCUAUGUCACAUUAAGUAACGAUACCUCGACCUUCCUCACCCUCCUACUCGCGUUACGUAAUUUGCGCACGAUGCCUUACUUUCAUUCAAAAUGAAUAUAAGUCACAUGUCUCUUAUGAGUGACAUGUCUCUUAUAUGACUUAUGAAUAUAAGUCAAAUGUCUCUUAUGAUGCUGUUAUGCAUGGAAAAAAACAUAAUACUGGUUUGUCUUCCACAAAAUUCCACUCAAAUCACUUAGCUGCUGGACGUCAGCUAUUACCGAACACUCAAAAGUGGUGGAUAUAAUGACGAACCUACAAUCGACAUUGAUUGACGGUUUCCGGCGAUAUGGAUUGUAUCCGUUAGAUCCUGAUUUCGUUAAUUACUCAGGUUUAUUGGAAAAUCCAGUGAAGCAUGUCCGUUACAUUAACGACAUUUUACUACUGUAAUUGAUUCGAUUAUUGAUUUCGACAACAUAAAACAUUAUCAAAUCUACUAUUUAAAACGAUUCAUUAUUAUAACAAUUUGAUUAUUGGUUUUAGGACCACCAAUUAACGAAAGUAGUAAAAUGAUAUUUUUGCCGGUUGGAAUUAGGACCAAAAGGUGUAGAAUGUUUUCCAUUAUUUUGCAUUCUUUGUUUUCCAUAUUUUCCAUCAUUUGCAUGCAUAAUAUAUUCAGCAACGCUCUCAUCCGUAUGUCUAUCAAUAGUGGAACGAAUAACAAGCAAGUAGCACAUUUAAAAACAUUAUAUACGCGUAAACAGUAUUUUUAGAGCACACAAACGUUAAAUAUUGUCUUAGCUGAGUGGUAUACUCUGUCCAACUUCUUUAAGACCAGGUGAUGAUCUUGCUGUUUUGUGAGAUUGUAAACAAGCAAUCAAUUAUAUUCUAGUGUGUAGGUAUUGGUUACUUCCAUACACUUCAUAAUUUUCAUAUGUGUGUGUGCAAGCGCUGAGCGUAAACGAAUGUUUUCUUAUUUUCAACUGUCAAGUUUCUAUAAGACCAGUUACAUUUUCCGUUGUUUCAGUUGUUUUGAUCAAUUAAAUCUGACAAAUGCCGAAGGGAAAAGUCCUCACGGAGAGAGAAGAAAGACAAAUCGAAUGCAUUUCACCGAGAAAAUGUUGGUAUCAGAGAAAUUUCUCGUCGGAUUGGGCGAUCCCCUCGAGUAGUGCUCACUUAUUUGGCGAAUCCUCAAGGAUACGGUAAGAAGGAGAAAGCUCCACGUAAAUCGAAGCUAUCUGACCGGGAUGAGCGGGAAAUAGCUAGAACAGUUUCGAAUACCUCAAAAUCGCAUGAGCAAAUAAAGCAAUACCAAUAAGUAAACUAAGAAAUGGAUUAAAGGCCAAUGCUGUUGAAAAUCUUAGGGGGGUCCUUGUACGCAGAAUCUACACUGAGGGAAAACGGUAAACCACGAUUGAAGAGUUCAAGGUCGCAAUUUCGGAAAAAUGGAAAAAUAUCGAGAAAUCCGUUCAGUAGAAUUUGACAAAUAGUACUCCUACACGAACUUUCAAGGUUAUUAGUCGAAAUGGCAAGGUUGCCAUUUAUUGACAUGUAAAUCAGCCGAUCGUUUCGAAUUUUUCAUUGAUAACACUUAUGAAUUUUGAAGUGGUUAUAUAGAAACUAGACAGCUUAAAUUAUCAUACAAGCGAACAACUCUUUUGAAUGAAAUUGACGUUAAAAAUACUUUAUUCUAAGCAUUCAACAAUGUAUGAAUGUAUAUUGUUGAAAUUCUAACUGAUUGUGUUGCAACGAAAUAGAACCAGGGAGGUCUUAUAGAAGUUGGUCAGAGUGUAGAUGGGUACUUUACGGUAUAAUAAUCCCGCGUUCAAACAAUUAGUCAUAUUCACUCCGAUUCUACAUUUCGAUCGACUCGAAAAAUUUCUUUCAACUUGAUAAACUUCCAUUCUGUAUUUCGAACAAACUGCAAAUCCGACAGAAUGCAUAAUCAAGAUGAUUAUAAGACGGUCGGAGUAUCUAUUUAGUGUUUCACCAUCGGAUUUGAAUGCAAACUGUUAUGAUCAAAACAAAUUGAAGAACUUCUUGUUUCAAAUAUAUCCUGUCUUCUCUCCAUACAUGAGUUCGAGGAUCGGCAGACUACAAAAUCACUUGAAUUGUAUAUAAUGAUCGCUCAUUCUGCAAUACCCGAUUCAAAAGUAUCAAUUCCGUUCAAUACCAAUCGCCAAUGAUCAUUCCAAUAGGUUUCAAGGUUUCAAGGAUUUAUCGUGAAGAACGUAUUAUUCAUGUCUGCUCACAAUGUGAUGCGGAAAUAUUCUUCAUUUUUGCCAGUUUUCAGACAGUUUAUUCACAAGCACACAAACACCAUUUAAUAUAUCACGACUCCAAUCCGUACAAACUUGCAAUGUUCUUGCUUCUGGAUCAUUCUCACUUUGUCGCGUUUUAAAAUAAUUCUUCGAAUGCAUCGAAUGAUCAUCGAAUUAUCUUCCUGUUUUACAUAUCUCAUUUACCGGUCUUCAAAAAACCACUUACGAAACUAAUAGUAUCCUGAAGUAGAAAAAAAAUUAAGCAUACCAAAAUAGUUCGAAACAAUGGACGCAGUGGUUCUCCCGAAUAUGUUGAGAACUCGUAAACAAACGUCGACUACUUUAAAAGAACAAACACAAAUCGACCAUUCUUUGUAUGAGGUUAUGUUCGCAAAUAACGAGACAUGUUUAUUGUGUAAUGUUCUAUUUAUUUAUACUUCAAGUUUACAAGAUCCUAAUCAAAAAACGAAUUCGUAUCGUAUAGCAAUUAAAAAAACACACAUUUGUUAUUUAGAUUUCGACCAAAUCUUUACAGAUGAUUCACAGAUUUUUUACGUUCUUCAACUUUCACGAUCUUUUGAUUUUUAAUAAGAUUUUCAAGGGGGGUCUCCGUAGCCACAUUGGUUGCGUGUUCGCUUAGUAAGCGAUCGAUCGUGAGUUCAAAACUCAGGGCCCUCAUUGGCCAUUUUUGUGUUGUUGCAGAAUAACUACGUCCACGCAACAAAAUCAUCAGCGAUGAAGAUCGAUCCACGAUCGAAAUAAGAUCGAUUCAUCCAUACAACUGCGCUCUGCUCUGCAAGACACAUCGGGCUGCUGUUCUAUAAAUAACUCAACAAUGCUCAAUCAACUGUCUCCGUUGUCCGGUCCAACUGGAUAAUGGAAGAACAGAAGGAAAACUCUUACGCCUAAAUGGCUACUGUGUAAAUGUGUACCAUAUGCAAGGGUAUAGAAGGGAAUACUCUAACGCCGAAAAAAUGACAACUGUGUAAUGUGCUAAUUACAGUAAAAUCUGUUUUUGUGCGGUUAAUUUUUGUGCAAUUUUUUUUUGUGCGAUUUUUUGUACUUAUGCGAUUUUUUUUGUGCGGUAUAUGAAAAGAAGUAAUUAGCACCAUUAGAGUCCUCACACACUGCAGACUUUUUUUCUGCCGACAGUUUGGUCGGGUUAGGUUGCUAGUGCGCACACCGAGCCAACCAAAUAGUCGGGUUGGUCAAGAGUGCGCACACUAGUCAACUGUCGGCCGAAUAUUCUCAAAAGACUGUGUAUUUAAUUUGUGUUUGACAACGGAGAGGCAAAAUCAAAAAGUGAUUUUUUUGAGACACUCAUCUCAAUUUGUAAUGAAGUCCAUUUGACGGAGAAGAAUGCAAUGCGAUAGUCGAGUCGUAGAAUGAGAUAGCAACUAAACGCCCGUACGACUGUUGAGUCAUGUUGACGGAGAAACUGCUGGAAGGACCCGAAACUCAUUUGCAAUAGAAUACGAAUGUGCAUUUCUUCAUAGUCCCCUGACUAUCCUCAGUUGAAUAUUCAAUAGACCAGAGUCCAGAUCGAGGAUCUGCACGAAGCUGAAUCUUCCAGCUGUUCCCCUGGUUUCGGUAACAACAUCAACAUCUGACUCUUCCAUUUGUCAGGGAAGUGGUCAUCGUCCAGGCAUUUCCGUAGCACCAUUUCAUACAAAUCCCGGAACAUUUUGAACACUUUUCUAUGCCAACAUCGUCUUCAAGUUACAUGUUACGAGUUACAAGUUAUACAUUCAUUUGGUCUCUGUAGUUUCUCUACCUCAGGGGUGGAUUAAACACCCUCCGACGACGAAGAGAAACGGAGCUGGUAUUAAAACAGAUCUAGUUGUAGGCUUCUGAGCCGUCCGAUCAGUGUGUAAUGUGAGCGUUCUUGUGUCUGCUACAAACAAUAUCCAGGUCUACCAAACGGCAGAGAGCUGACAGGUGUUCUCCUCUCCAUCCUAGAUUUCUAACGACAAACUCAUAGCAUAGGUCGCACAGAAGUAUUUAUUGGGGUUAACGCUCAGUCGGGCGUUCUCGGUGAAUCGCCCAAAAUUGUCCAAAUCCUGCUGAAGCAGAUGACAGUCAUCGCUGUCUUUCACGGGAAGGGAAAUUUUCACAUCAUAUGCGUAUAUUCGCAAAGGAACGAGAAUUGGAGUAACAUGUGAAAAUUUUCAAAGUAGCGGGAGAUAGCCGGACGAAAUCGAUGCAUUGAAUAAAGUGGUCAGCGGUUCAACAAGUUCAUCCUUGAAUUCUUUUAAAGAUUUUUCGGGGAAUAUCUUUGGAAUUACCUGAGUCCAGAUCCGGCAGACCUUGUUCAUCGUCCUUGUGCGGUCCUGUAGAUUGAAGAAUUGAAGGUACUAUGGAGGAGGUUUCUUGAAAUACUGCGCAAAGAGUUCGGUGGUCUCCCGUCCAAUAGUCGAAGAUCGAUUAUCACCUCCGGAAUUCCACUGUUCUGCCGCCUACCAUCCACAAACUUCCAAAAAAUGUUGGGUUUCCCUUUUCCCAUUCUGUAUCCCAGUGCACAAUGGUCCAGGAGAUGCAUUUAAAUGGAAAUUAGCAUUUAGAGCUCGAUAGUUAUUCUCUAGACUAUCUGAAAACUGUCUUCGACAAACUUGUUACAUACGAGCGCUCAUAGAGCGCUCAUUUUCAUGUUGCCAAAAAUAGAGUGACCAACAUUUCCGAUGAAAUAAAAAAUCUAACUCUCUUAUCUCUAUAGAAAAGGGUAAACAUAAUUCGACAAUGUUGUAGUCCCAGUUAUAUGAGACAUCUUUGUAGAACAAAGUUUUUUUUCAAUCUCUUGAAAUAAUCGAUAUAGCGCCUUUUCUCAAAAUUGCCUUAGGGUCACCACGAAAAAAACUGAUUUUUGCUCUAACUUUUAUAUUUCCAAUUCUACAUACAAACUGUCUUCAAAAGACUUUUAGAACACACUGAUACAAAGAUUUUGCAAUGCAGAACUUGUCAAUAUCUUAACUUCGCUCAAAGUUAUUGAUAUUUCGUCCCGAAAAAUACGCUCUCUUCAAUUGCUUGCCAUUCUUUCUGGGGCAAACAUAAACAAAGUUUAUUGGCGGCAUUUGAAAGAACAGAGUUCCCUCUGCAUAAUGUGUGAUUUUCAAAGCUAUGUCAUUUUUCGUGUUUGAGUAUACUCAAAUUGAAAUCAUGAGUUUUUGGGUGAAAAACCAUCAUUAACUUUGAGUUGGAUUAGGAUAUUGACAAAUUCUGCACCGCAAAAUGUUGGUCUAAAAGUCGUUGAAAUUGGCACAUUUUCAUCACUACCAACGUAUUCGCUUCCACCGUUAUCUUGGUACACUGGCUAUAUUCCAUACAUGUAUUCAAGUACUGUACGAACGAUCGUUCAUCAAAAUAUUCCUAUCCAUGUUCCGACACAUAUCUUCUCGCGGGUCUGUGACGUCACAGAUUUAAAAAUCUUUCCACCUUUCAUCUUCCAUCUCGGCUUUGAACUUUGCAGUUCAUUCGCCUCUAUGUGUGAAAUUAGCGGAUGAAAGUUCAUCGGAUAAAAGGUUUUGUUGCGUGCAAGUUUCUGUUCAACGUCUUGCUGGAUUUAAUUAAUAAUGAAUUAUUUCAGUUGAAAUAAAUUGAUUGUUUAUCAAGUAACAACCUUCAAAAUCAUGCUCAUUGGAUAGAUAACUGAAUCAUUCAUCUUUCCACAUAUUUCAUUUUUUUCUUGAUCGUGACAGAGAAAAGUUAUGGACUGAAACGUGAGCAUGGGUCAAUAUAGGAAAAUAGACAGAUUUUUGAAAAUAAAAAAAAAAAUUGUUCGAAUAGAGUUAACGAAAUUAUUCGAAAUAUUUUACCUAUCUUCCAUCCACAAUUUUAUUAAUCGGAAAAGGGUCUGAGAAAAGUUAUAGACCAAGUUGGAUGGGAGAAAUUGAUUAUUUUAAAGAAAAUUGAAAAAAGUUAUUUGAAAGGACUGAAAACACAUUCUCGAGAUAGUACUCAUUCGAUAAAGAAUAUUUUUAUUUAUUUUUAGCCAAAUUUUCAUUGGUCGGAAAAGGGUCUAAGAGAAGUUAUAGGCCAAAACCUAUACAACUUGUAUGGAAGAAAUUAAUAAAUUCAACGAAAAUUGAAAAAAGUUAUUUGAAAGGACCUAAAACACAUGGUCUGGCAGGGUAAAGAAGUAAAAAGUAAAAAGAAAGUCAAAAUUUCUAUUGUAUUGAAAUUCUGACUAUUUUUCGAAUCGUCAUGUAAUUCACCAUAGUAUCUAUGGUGAAAAACGCACCUUUCACUUUUUAGCGCGCCAUUCUCAAUAGAUUCCAGUUAAAAAAUUGAAAAGAAUAGUAAAAGUGCAUUUUACUAUAUCCCGAUUUCCCAUUUCUUCCCGAUAUUUUUGUCCACUACAUCUACAUACGUCGAAAUACAAAUUUCUCUGUAAAAUAUUCCUUGUAAAUCCAUGUAAAUUUUGCUUAAAAGUGAUUUAUAUCCCAUCUUCAUGCGUCGAUAUUCCACGAUUUUAAAGCAUUUCAAAAAUCGCCUAAAAAAUCGACUUCGCACUCUGUUCCUUCAUUUUUAUUUUUUUUCGAGUGUGAAAAAGUUCUAUUUCCGUUUUCGUUAAAUUUAUUAAUUUCCCUCCCACAACUUGUAUACAUUUUGGCCCAUACCCUUUCUCUUUUCCGGCCAAAGAAAAUUUGGCUGAAGAUGAAUAAAAGUAAUCUCUAUCCAAUGAGUAUUAUUUCAAAAAUGUCCUUUCAAAUAACUUUUUUAAAUUUACUUUAAAUUGAUUGAUUUCCCCCAUACAAGUUGUAUAGGUUUUGGGCUAUAACUUUUCUUAAACCCUAUUCAGACCAAUGGAAAUUUUGCUGAAGAUAGAUAAAAAUAUUCUAUAUCGAAUAAGUACUAUCUUGAGAAUGUGUUUUGGGUCCUUUCAAAUAACUUUUUUGACGUGGGACUACGUCUAACCGGAAUAUAUGGAGGGUAAAAUGAAAACCUAAACACAGAACAUGCAGGAAAAAAUGAAAGAUUUCGAAUGCUUAUAGCUCGAACAUUUCGUACUGGAUAGGAGAGAUGUUUGCAUCACUUGAUAGGGAAUAUUUCUACGCAUCUAUCGCAACUAACAAAAUGUUGGUUUUCAUUAGAUAAACAAUUGAAUAACUGUAAAAUAUUAGGCGUUAUCUAAACGCCCUAACUGCAUCGUUUUGAUUGGCCCGAUUUAUGGUUUCCCUAACACAGCCAUCAAAACCAAGCAGCCUUGGGGAAAUCGGCAUUGCAAAUACUUGAAAGUAGGGGGACUUUUGUUCUCAUCGAAAAAUGUUCCCUAACACAGACUUUAAAACCAAGCAGUGAAAUCGGCAUUGCAAACACACGAAAGAGCCUAGAGGCGAGUGAACUGAAAAGUUUAAACCCUCUUGAAGCCAAAAAGAAGAAAAAGAACACACGAAAGUAGGGGGAGCUUUUGUUCCUACCGAAAUGUGUUCCCUAAUAGAGAUUUCUAAACCAAGGUGCCUGGAGAAAUCGGUAUUUCAAAUUCAUGCAAGUCGGGGGUAUUUUUGUUCCGACUGGAAUGUGUUUCCCUAACACAGACUUCAAAACCGAGGUUUCUGGGGAAAUCGGCUCUGCAAAUAAAUGCAAACUGCGAGUACUUUUGUCCUCGCUUGCCUUUGUGCAGAGUGGAAUAUGUCUGUCCUAACAUGAUCUUCUAAACUUAGGAACCUGGGAAAAUCGUGCAGCCACUAGAAGCGAAUGAACUUCCCAGUUUCAAGCAAAUUCGAGAUUCGAGAAGUAUGUACACUUUUGGGAUGUAAACUUCAGAGGGAAAUGUAAAAUAAAAUAAUCGUUUGAUAAUUUUUUUUGUCUUUAUUGACAAAAAACUUAGGCUGAAACUUAGGCUGGUUCAACAAACGUUUGAUAAUUCUUCCGUACAUAUAUUUUGUUCUAGUCAUCAUACCAAACGUAAAAGGUCCGUCAUUAAAUUUACUUGUAACGAAGAACAAUCAAUCACAAUAAAUGAAUUGACUUUACACGGCAUUUGUUCAUUUUUUUCACUCACAGAGCAAAUAUAUUGAACUCAAUUGAAUUUGGAAACUGUUUCAUUCAAUCAAGAAUUUAAUCAAUACAAACGAAUGAUUGCUAAGCUAAGGUAGUUCCACGUGAACCUUGCGGUUAUAUCAUAGAUAUAACCCACUCAUUUUUUCCAUUUUCUUUAACAUAAUUAAUUUCUUCCACACAACUUGGCCUAUAACUUUUCUCAUACCCUUUUUCGAUAAAUAAAAUUGUGACUGGAAGAUAGGUAAAAUAUUUAUCUAUCGAAUAACUUCGAUAACUCUAUUGGAACAACUUUUUUUGAUUUCCAAAAUUCUUGAGCUUGAGCUUGAGCUUGGGUAGACUGUACAAUUCGUAGUUGCUCUCCGUGAUUGACCUGAACCAACCAAAUUGCACAAAGAACACACAGAAUGACGCUUGGGACUAGCAAAUCACUUUUUUUUUAUUUCCAAAAUUCUGUAUAUUUUCCUACAUUGACCCAGGCUCACGUUUCAGUCUAUAAGUUUUCUCUGUCACGAUCAAGAAAAAAAAUGAAUUGUGUGGAAAGAUGAAUGAUUCAAUUCUCUAUCUAAUGAGCAUGAUUUUGAAGGUUGUUACUUGACAAACAAUCAAUUUAUUUCAACUGAAAUAAUUCAUUAUUCAUUAAAUCCAGCAAGACGUUGAACAGAAACUUGCACGCAAACUUUUAAAAUAAAUGGAUUUGCUUGCUUUCUACCAAAAUUUGCAAUUUAACGUUUUCGGACAUCUUGGUGGUUUGGUUUUUGCAUGGUUGAAAUAUUUCACAGUGAGGCUUAUCACAUUUAAUGUUUUCAAUGUCGAUACACAUCUUUUAUAUUCACCUCCAUACCUCUUCUUAGCAUCUGGUAAAUGUCUCAUUGACAGUCUCGAACUUCUGUCUGUAUGAACAAAUUCUCAAAUUAUUAAAAAAUUUCACAUUUGAAAUGAAUCUCUAGAUGUGUUCAUAUAUUUUACACUCCAAACGAUGGAGGCUAAACACCGCACCGUCAUAUAUUUUUUAACAUAAACAGCCCUUCCGACUAGGGUUACCAUAUGCUACAUACCACAAAAGAGUACAUACUUGUAUUUCUGAAAUAGAGUACAAAAGAGUACAUUUUUUUCUCAACAAAAAAAUACGUGUUUUUGGAUACAACAUAUAUCUUUAUUCUGUCAAGUUAAACACCUUCUUCUUUUCUUAAAGAAAAAAAAACAAAGCAUUACUGCUUAUACUUAUUUGAACUCCUCACACAACCUAACAACAACGAGUCAGUUUCAAUCAUUUCAUAGAAAUGGACACAGUCAAUUUGGUAAUUAAAGUUUACCAUUAUUAAUGCUUCGACACAUUUGGGGAGCAAACGAUUUCUAUCAUCAGACCAGAAGCUAUUCAUAAAACUGAAUAAGCGCUCGACUGUGGCAUUAUGACUGGGAAUGGCAAACAAGAACUGAGCGAUUUUUAACAGUUCUGUGCUCGAACUUGGAACGAUGGUUUGAAAAUAAGUGGUACAUUUAUGAACGACAUGUAAAUCUUUGAAUUUCUCAUCAUCAGCAUUGGAUUGAAAAAAUGAAAAAAGAUUCGACACCUGAUCGAACAAGGCACUUUCAUCAAUUUCGAUCCCCUUUUCAUAUAGGUAUUCCAAGCUUUCUUCAACAAUGUCCCAUUUAGGUAGUUUAUCUAACAGCAUCCAGCGAAAGACUUUUACUUCAUCGAAGUGACGAGUCCAUUUGUCUAAAUAAUCUAGACAGUUUUUAUACACCUCAAUAAACGACUUUUUGAUUCUAUCUGAACGCUUCGAAUCAAGACUGCCUCGAAAAAUUUUCUUUACUUGAAGAGGAAUGAACUGCUGAGUGUACCUAUCCGAAAGUUGUUUGCGCACGCUGUCGACUGUACAAACCGUUUCGAUUAAGCUGUUGUCUGCCGCUUCAAUAUUCUUUAUGUUAUUAUAAAACAUUGACAUUAAUGAAUGGACAAACCAUAGAUACGUUUCAUUUAUGUCAUCUUCAAAAAAAAUCUCCAGGAGCUUCGGAGGACUGUCAAUUGAUUUGAAAUAACUUUUUAGAGCUGCGUACAAAUGAAGUAUACGCUCAAAGGUGGGCAUAAGGGAAAGCCAUCGUGUUUUCGAAUGCUUCAACACCUUUUUAUACUCGGUGCCCACAAAUGAACAGAACUUCUUCAGCUCUUCCGUAUGAAUUGUAUAUACGGAAAAAUAUCCAUAAAUUUUCAAAACCAGAGCCUCAAUAUCCACAUCCAAACGAUCGAAUCCAUGACGAGCGGUGUUAUGCAGCAAAUGUGCAGGGCAACCCACCCCCACAAGUUCUCGUUGAGCGGCUUGUUUCAUAUGGUGAAACACAUUAUGUUCUCCUCGGCGACCAACCCCACCGAAAUUAGUAUUUCAGCUAUCACCACCAAAUGCAACACACUUUCGAAGCAGUUCAUGUUUCACCAGAUUUUCUAUUAAUAGCUCGGAGAUAUGGAUCGAGGUUUCGUUUUCCAAUUACUCAAACGACAACAGCACAUGUUGGAUCCCCUUUUCACAAUGAAAAUACUGAACGAGAACGGGGAACAUUUUGAUCGCCCCAUGAUUGCUUCCAUCCGUACUUACUCCGAUGAAAGGAACGGCCAGCCUUCGCAUCUCCUCCAAACGUAGUUUGAUUGAUUGUAGUCCCAGAACGUCAUUGAUUAUAGCCUCAGUCUUAGUUCUUGCACAUGCAAAUUUGCCGGCAAUCUCUGAAUCAGGAAACACUUUCUUGAACAGCUUACUUCCGCAAUCACAGCUCAGGUAGCUAUAGUUGUGCUGAACGGCAUGGAAUGCCAUUGUGGCUUCAGCAGCCAAUAUUUUUAACUCGAGCGGGGACUUUUGUACCACCAGUAGUUGCGAAAAUUUUCGAGACGAACCUGCUGCUCUGAUAUUUAACUAGUGCUUUUUUGAUGCUAAAUGCUGAGUUAGAUCAGUUCGUCCUUUGUUUGCGAUGGAAAUUUUCUUCUGGCAGACCUCACAAAAGACAUCAGUUUCGUCCGAAGUUGGUUUGAAUUGCGGGAAUUCCUUUUGCAGAGCAUCAGAAAAUUUAUUCUUCCGGCGGGACAUGAUGAAGCUAAAAUAGGCAAUGAAAUUUGGUUUCACAACGAAUAUGAUCCUACAGAAUACUUACCGAUUAAACGAUUGUACAACAAUAGUGCAAGGAGAUAGUUUCGGAUAAAUUUCAAUUAUUUCACUUCGGUAUUCAGCGAAAAAGAAAGCAGGCAGGCGAACGAUAGCUAAAAACCAAUAAACAUAAGAACAACAUUCCGAAGAAGCGCAAUCAUGAACUGUCAGACUGUGGGUGCGAGAAUGGUUUUUAUUACACGUUCGGGGGGAAGGGCAAGUGAAUGUUUGUUUUGGAAUGAAAUGUACUACUGCAAAAUGUAUAUGUACAGUUCAAUUCAAAAACAAUUCGUUUAUAACAAUUUUUUUUAAUUUUGAAACUUGACGGUCAAAAAGAGUACAUUUGGGCUUAUUUUGCAAAAAGAAGAGUACACUCAAUUUUUUAUUGGAAAAGAGUACAUGUACUCUAAGAAGGGUACGGAUGGUAUCCCUACUCCCGACAAAUGUAUUCCGAAUCUUGAAUUGUUAACAUGUGAAAGUACAAAAGCAAGCAGCAGCAGAGAGUUCAACAUUUACCGGUGAGAGAGAAAAAAAAACGAAACACCACAAAAUCUGUUGCGUCCCUUCGAGAGGAAUAACAGAAUAGCAUUUAAUAAGAUAAACGCUCAAAAUUAUCAACUUAUUAACCAAGCUCAAGUGAGGAAACAAUCAAGGAAAAAUGUAAAUUCAGAUAAUUAUUCGUACUCUAGCGCGCACACACACACAUACUAUCACUUUUCUCCUCCUCCGCAUCAUCUCUUCCCAAGCUUUUUCUGGUACUUCUUUUUCUUCAAUUAUGAUAAAAUCACCCAAUUAUGAUAAAAUAAUUCGUCUAUAACAGAGCAUAAACGGAUUUGGAGGAGAUUCGUUUCAACCCAUUCUCCAUUCUAUCUCCAUCCGAUGGGAAGAGUCUAGACCACAGAAUGAGAUAAAAUAAAAGAAAACCAUCUUCUCAAGUAGCAUGACACACAGAGACAGGCGAAUUGGCAACGAAAACACAGAACACAAAAAAACGCUCUAGAAUAAGCCACAAAUCACACAGAGAGGGCGCUGCAAAGAAGAAUGAAGAGAAACCAGCAGUGAUCGAAUCCGAUAAUAAUUGAAUAAAAUUGUAAUAAAUUAUGUAAAUCAUCGAAUCUUGAUUAGCUUCUCCCAGCCUCCUCUCAGCAUCUUUGUCUGUGUGACGCUCACUCAAAAAUCAUCUGCCGGACUCAUUCUCUGCGCUUGCUGUGUGUGUGUACACAACGCACUCUAGCGGUGACCUUGGAUGAAAACAAAAAAAUCAUAAUUUAGGCUGCAAUCGACCGACCGAUCGACCGGCGAAUCUAUCCCAUCGUCGUUGGGCGACAAAUUUGCGGCCAGUCGUCGUACGAAAUGUGAUACAUUUUAUCACAUAUUUAUUCAUUCGAGAACAUAAAUUCAAUUUCAAUAUCGAAUAAUUAAAACAAAAAGGCAGUCAACAAGCGCUAUCACAUCCCAAACCAGAAACCGCAGCUGAGUAAGAGUUUGAAGAAAAGAAAUCGAUUGAAAUUAUUGAACGAAAAAAAAAGCGUCUCUCGGAGAGGAAUUACCUAAAUUAUAGUGGUUAGUUGUUAAUGUGGCUCGAAUCGGGUUCUGGGAAGAAGCUCAACAAAAGUUGAUCUGGACCCAAGUGGACCAUUAGGAUUGGUGGUGGAAAACAGAGCGCGGACGGUUUCGAAGAAGGGUAGGAAUUAUGGAACACACAUUCAAAAUUAUGAAGCGAAGUAAUUGGAAGGAAAAGGAAGCGAACGCCGGGUAAUCAGAGAAGAAACCAAAUCGAUUGCAUAAUUACGCUAGAAUAACUAACUUUUCGGUUUUCGUCCCGAUGGUCGGCAGUCCCGGGAAUGGGUUUAAUGACGACGACUGUCUGUUUGAUUCUCAAAGAGCCGUAUGAUGGUUGUACCCCCACUUAGGUAAUUAUAGAUAUCGAAAGUUGAAGCGAAAACAGAAUGAAAGUAAUAAUAGAAUAAGGGAAAAAAACGAGGGAGGGGAAAUGAACUAAAAGUAAUAAGAAGUUUGAUCAACGUUACUGCUAAACUGUAAAUUGUAAAAAGACUGAUUCUUUAUUUAAAUAAAAUCUCAAUAUCAA